AUGGGGCCCUCGGGCAAUAGGGGAUCAUGGGGCCCCUGUGUCCUUGCCCAAAUUAAAAAAAGCCUAUGAAAAAUGUACCAGGGGCAUCUCAUGGGGCCCCCUACUGACCGUGGCCCUGUUUUCAAAUGCAAAACACUGAAGCAAAGUGUAAUAGUAGAGGGUGAACCAGGGGCGGACUGACAACUCAUGGGGUCCCCGGGCAAUAGGGGAUCAUGGGGCCCCUGUGUGCUCGCCCACACUCAAACCACACCCAAAAAAGCCUAUGAAAGGUACCAGGGGCAUUUCAUGGGGCCCCUUACUGACCCCGGGCCCUCGGGCAGUGCCCGAGUUUCCGAAUGGUCAGUCUGCACC